CAUAUGCAGGUUUUAUUUGAUGAUGUGAAAACAAAGAAAUGGUUUCAAUUCAUUUUUUGGGGAUCAGUAUUUAAGGUCACAUUCCCAUUCUUUGAAGUUUCACACACAUCGUCCUGUCAGUCGGACUCCGGAGUGUAAACCUGCACAACCCCUCAGAAUUUCAUCUUUCUGGAGGAUUGAACUCAACUGAAACCAUGACCAACAAUUCCCUACCCGCCAAUUACUAUAACGACGACUAUGGCGAUGAAGCUUGCAACCAGACAGAAGUCUUUAAGUUUGGAGCCAUCUCCACCUCCGUGUUUUUCUCCAUCGUGUUCGUCCUGAGCCUGGUUGGAAACUUCCUGGUUCUUGCGAUUCUGCUCCGGUAUGAGAACAUCAGAUCCGUCACCAACACCUUGAUCCUGAACCUGGCAGUGUCCGAUCUCUUGUUCACAGCAAGUUUGCCUUUCUGGAUCUACUACGACCUUCAUGGCUGGACUUUGGGGCAACCGACGUGCAAACUGGUGAACUGGGUCUUCUACACUGGUUUCUGCAGCAGCAGCAUCCUCCUGGUCCUGAUGACUGUCCACCGCUACAUCGCUGUCAUGAAUCCUCUGUCUAACAUCGUGUCCGCCGCAGGCUUCCCCAGUAUCGUGGUCACUGUGGUUGUUUGGGUUGUGAGUAUUCUGAUUGCUAGUCCGAGCUUCAUCUUCUCCGAAGUGACUAAACACGAGGAUUCUUUACUUUGCUUCUAUCCAGAACGUGUGGGGAAAUUCUGGGUGUUCUAUCAGCAAAAUGUUUUUUUCGUAGUGAGCUCAAUUGUAUUUAUUUUCUGUUAUUCCAAGAUCUUAUCCAGAUUGAUGGGUAAUAAGGUCCAGAGACGAAAAAAUCGAACUUUAAAACUCAUCUUCAUCCUUGUGGUUGUGUUUUUCAUUGAGUGGACGCCGUACAAUUACGUCAUCUUUCAAAUGUCUCGGGAUGUUUUAACUGAGAACGAUGGUCAUGACUGUGGCUCCUUCACAAGGCAAAUGUACGCCUACUACAUCAGCAGGAUGCUCGCCUUUUCCCACUGCUGCCUCAACCCCGUCUUCUAUGUUCUUCUGGGCGUCAAAUUUAAAAACCAUCUGAAGAAGAUGCUGCAGCGCUGUACCAGCGACAGCCACAGCAUCCCGACCCGACCCAGCCGAAACACCAUCAUGUCUGUCACAAGCGAAGAGUUGUCCAUGUAAUUUAUUCUGAAAGGGUACUCGGAACUUCCUGAACCUUGCGGCUUAUAGUUUGACAAUAAAAAUGAUCAUUUUAUCAAAUUUAAUUCUAAUCUACAGUUUUAAGCUUUUAUUUUGUUAAAUGGUAAAUGGUAAAUGGCGUAUACUUGUAUAGCGCUUUCUACCCUCCUUCAA